UCUGUGAUGUCACGGUUUCGGCUUUUUUCGAGAGCGAGAGUUCUCGCUCGCUGUUUGUCGAGUGACGUGGCGUGGAGGCUUGGAAGGUUGAAUCACGUCGCUAUAGCCGUUCCUGAUCUAGAGAAAGCAUCCGCUCUGUACAGAGACGUACUGGGUGCUGACGUCAGCCAAUCAGUGGCUCUCCCAGAUCACGGUGUCUAUACGGUAUUCGUCAACCUUGGCAACACGAAGAUUGAACUUCUUCAUCCCCUCGGUGAAAACAGUCCCAUCUCAGCUUUCCUCAAGAAAAAGCCAUCAGGUGGAAUGCAUCACAUAUGCUUGGAAGUGGACAACAUUAACAAAGCAAUUGAGAGCCUCAAAACACACGACAUCAAGCCUAUUGAUGCUCAGCCAAAGAUUGGAGCUCAUGGCAAGCUUGUUGUGUUUUUACAUCCGAAAGACUGUGGUGGUGUCCUUGUAGAGUUAGAAGAGGCAUAAGGUGUACACAGUGACAUGUGAGAGAUGUCGACGGUUGCAGGUUUGGUGUGAAGUUUGAAGGUUUGAGAUACUGGGAAUGAGUUGAUAAUAUGUAGUAUAUGUAGAACAGGAAUAGUUAUAUGUAUUGAGAGAUGCAAUAGUCUACUGUAUUGUGAAAUGCAUCCCUCCAAUACAAUGUCUAGAGAUGCAUCCCUGUUUUAUUUGCUUU